CUCCACCGCGCCUGGCGUCUGUACGAAGACUACACCAGCUCCUUUGUCCUGUCUACCAUCCCAUCUGCCAGCGAUGCCAGCACGUACGAAGUCCUCCCUGCCGGCGGCAGCAGUCCAUACGGAGCCCUGUCCAUUGCCGUCCCAUCGAGGCUGUUCUACAAGCCUACCCCCGAGCAGCCGCUCGCGGGCUACCGCAUCGGCGUCAAGGAUCAGUACGACAUGAAGGGUCUCAUCACGACCUUUGGGAGUCGCUCCUACGCCGCCACCUAUCCGCCUGCUAAUACGACAUCUGGGGUCAUCCAGCACCUUCUCGAUAAGGGCGCCAUCGUUGUCGGCAAAACCAAGCUGUCUGUGUUCGCGAAGCCAUGGUUCAGCAUCGCCGAGUGGCCCGAUUAUUCUCUACCUUUCAAUCCUCGCGGCGAGUCGUACCUGAUCCCGGGCGCCUCGUCAGCGGGCUCGGGGGCGUCUCUCGCCGCAUACGACUGGCUCGACAUCACCAUCGGGGAAGACACGGGGGGUUCGAUGCGUUUUCCGGCGGCGCUGAACGGCGUGUACGGGAUCCGCUCCACGAAGAACAGCACCAACAACACCGCCACCGCGUUCGGACCCUUUGACGUGGCCGGCCACUUUGCCCGCGAAGUCGACGCCUUCAACACCUUUGGGGCGGUCAUGUACGGCCCGUCCGGCUACAGGAACUACACCGAGUUCCCCCAGAAGCUCAUCUAUCCUCGGGAGUAUUGGGCGAACCUCAAUCCCAACUACACGGCGCCGUGCGAAGCGUACCUCCAGCAUCUGGAAGCCUUCCUCGGUGUGAACCGCACGAUAGUCGACAGCAAUGCGCUGUGGCAUGAAUACUCGGGGCGGAAUGUGAGCCUGGCCGACUACUUCGCGAACGUAAGUCGCUAG